AUGAUUCACAGGGACUUAAAUUUAUAUCAAGCUGCUAUUUAUUCUAAUUUGCUACAAAGCUACAACAGAAUAGAUAUCCUUUUUCUUAUCUUAUCUGAAGUAAUCCAUUAUUUGUUAUUCUUAGAAGGUUUUCCUUCGUUCUAUGUUACCUACAAUAUAAUCUUGGUUUGAGAGCUGAAUUUGAGUAAGACAACAGGAUAACAAUAAUAAUACAUACCAUGACUCAAAUAAGUGUAGAAAAAAGGUUAUCAGUUAUUUACGGAUUAGCUGUAGCCACUGGUUUAGUAGUUACAAUAAGUGUAUCAAUAGCCUGGACACAUUGGAAAUCUACAUUAGACCAGUGUGUUUACAAGAAUUGCAGCUGUAUCUUAUUUGGCAAACAUACACCAGAUAUUUUUUUAGGAGGACCUGAAGCGUCAUGCAUUUUUGUUACUUAUGGACCUAUUCUUAGCAUAUUAUUUUCUGUUAGUUUUCUAUGCUUUCAUGGCUAUAGGUAUUUGUUCAUGAAGGAAAGACCAAAUGCUAGAAGUGUUAUGAGAAAAACGGGUGAUGGGGAGACCAUACAUAUGGCUGUGCAAUCAGAUGAUUCCAACCCUCUACCCAAGGCUUUCUGGGUAACAGUAUCAUCAAUGAGCAUAAUAUUUCUGAUUUACUCUGUGGUGCAUUUCAUAAUAUUCCUCUCUGGUUAUUAUCGAACAUGUAAAGAAUAUAGAAAGACACUUGAAAAUGAAUUAGGGCUAAGAGGAUCAGCUUUACCAGUCAUUCAUAUGCGCUUAUCUUGUGGUGGCAUUUUUGACUUUAUGGAUUACUUGCAUCCAAUUCCAGAAAAUAGUUAUAGAUAUGGUUUCAUUGACACUGGGUUAACUCUGAUGAUUGGCAUAACCACUUCUUUCCUAUCAGUUAUUUUAUUUACGGCUGCUUCUUACUUCAACGUAAAAAGGGCCAGAUUGAAUUAUUGAAAUAACUAAGCUCACAAAUUAUUGAUUUUCUAAAAAACUUUAGUCAAGAAUAUAAGUAUCUUAUUAUAAAUUUUAAACUUGUUGAUGGUAUGAAUGUCGAUCUUUCAACACAAGCAUUUGCAUUGCUUGGUUUUACCAAGAUAAGCAAAGGAGGUACAAAAAGAGAUCGGAAGUACUCGGGGUCACUUCGGUAUUGCCACACGCCACGUCACAGUAGGGCGCAUUGGCCGUAAAUUCGAGUUCAUUCGCUAUUUAAGCUGCUUUUGUGCACAAAAAAAAAGUGAAUUCUAAAAGACUUUUAAGGUCUUCACUAGCACAAAACCGUACGCACCGUUUCAUUGAACUAAGAUUAAAUUUUUAAACCACAUUUUUAAGCAUAGAAUUUCUAUGCAAUGAGGAUGGUUUAAGGAUUCCAAAGUUCAAUGAAACGGUGCACACAGCCAUAAACCUCCGAAUUUUUCUACAUCAAAUUCGGCCCAAAACCUAUAUAAAUAUUGGAAGUUAAUCCCUCUCUGUUUCAUUGUCCUCUAAACUGCGGUUUCUUUAAUUUUAUGAAAUUGGUAGUGUUGCGCAUGAACAUACACCUGAGGCAGUGGAUUUAUAUAGCUAAUAUUUUCGGUGUGGUAGAUAGGUCAGCAGGCCUAUUGGGCUCCUCUUUAUAAAUCCCAGGCCUGAGGCAAAACGAUUAUCGAAGUGAUGUGGCAGUGGCAUUGCGAGUCACUUUGAUUUUACUUUUCACAAAACUGCGGCGCGGCGUUGCACAUUUGGAAUUUUAAAAAAAUACACAUUUUUUUCAUAUGAAAAUGACAGGAUUUGAAAUAAUCUUUAUAUUUUAAAAAUUGCUUGCUUUUUCUUAUGAACUGCUUAUGCUUAAUACACUUUAUUACCUGAUUCCGUCCAUUUGUUAUAAAUCUUUACUUAUUGUCAUUCCCAUCUAAGAACCAUUAUUUUAAUUCUUUGGUGAUUAUUAAUCAUUGCUACAAUAAUUCUUUCGUACAUCACUAUUUUUGAAUGUAUUCAAACCCAUAAUGCUUGUAUGAGUUUCAUAUUUGCAUGAAUAUAUUUUGUAAUUGUUUGUGAAAUUUGUUCAAAUCUGUGUUCAUUUUAUUAUAUAAGUUUUUUUAUGUUAUUGAGAUAGGACCAUUAUUUUAUGAGAGAAACUUAAAUGGAAUGGUCUUUUUGGAACUAAUAGUGCCCUCAGUUCCAAAUUUGUAGAACAUAAGUACAGCGAAGUAGUGGACAUCGCACAUAUUUCUGCAUUACUUUUUAUGUUUUGAAUAGUAGGUUUUGUCUGAGGUCGCCGCCUAAUUAUCCAAAUGAAUACGUUUUUGUGGGGGUUUGUAGGCGACAUUCAACUGAAGAUAAAAAUUAAGAUUUGUUAAUGAAAAAAAUAAUGUUCUGACAUUAAGGAUGCUUGUACAAAACAAGUUAUUGCACAAAUGCUUUAAUGAUUACAUGGCUCAAGUUGGAUCUGAUUGCAGUUGUACAUUGUUAAACUUUCAGUCAUUCUUUUUACUUUUUUGUCAUUGAUGAGUAUUUUUCAGGGUCAUUUCAGUUUCUCUUGUAGUAUUUGGCCGCUAAAUAAGUUUAUAGCAAAACCUUUUGUGUGUACAAUUAAUUCUAAGAUGUAGUUUUUUAUAUUUUUCAAUAAAAUUUUGAUAAUUUA